CCCUGUGUAACCUCUGCGCAGCCGCCGAAUAUCUUAUUCUCUUUCUUCAUCGUUUCCUUCUCCUUCGCCGUUUCCGUGCUGCUCUUCGAAAGGGGAUCAAAUUGACCGCCGAAGCAAGGCAUUGGAACUUUUCUUUAUCAAGCAAAUUAAGGCUCAUUGCUGAAAUUGGCUGUAGCGAAGAGCUCAAGGAUGGAUCGUGGACUGACGGCGGAAGCAGCAGCGCAGCUGCAGGACGGAAUUAACUUGGUGCUAUCUCGAUGGGCGGCCCUCCGGAUGGCCGUGGAGAAUGAGUGGGGCGGCCGAGAUUCGUCGCAAAAGGCUCAGCAGCUCGGCCAACAAUUAUGCUAUCUCCUCACCCAAUCCAAAGAGCAAGUAUACAUUGAAGAUUUGGAGGAUAUGCUUGAAGAGUCCGUUCUUUCUCUCAACACCGUGAUAGAUGAUGGAAGCAUUGAGGAGGUGGCAGAAAAGUUGUUGGUGAUGCAUGAAGAAUGUGUACAAGGUAACUUUGACUCGAUCGAAAAAUUGAAGAGAUCAAAUGCUCCGAGUCUGACUUAUGUCAAACAGCCCGGGAAUGAUGAUGAAGAGAGUGAAGAUGAUGAAGUCAACAUUAACCGGCCUUCGGAUAUGGAAGUUGAUGUUCAACAGGGCGAACCAAUCCCUAAUACGACGGCCACAACCAGCGGUGAUACUGAUAGCCGCAGCCAAGCACCCGAAGUUGUAGAUGGAUGGACCGUUGUAUCUUCCCGGCGCAACCGGAGUCGAAGAAACUAGAGGUGAAGAGAUUUUGUUACUUCCUAAAACCUCUCGUGGUAAGAUUUUUUGUUCUUUUGGUAAUUUAUGUUAUAAGCUAUUUUAUGUCCAUUUAGUCUAGCAGUAAAUUUCUACAGACUCUACUUACCUUGUAGUAUUGUGAAUUUCGAGGUUUCAGUAGUUUUGAGGUGAGUUUGUUUGGAGGUUUGGAUUUUUGGAUUUGAUAUCUUAAUAGUAAAAAUUGAGUUGAAAUAGUUG